CAUAUCGUCAUUGUGGUACUUAAGCAUUAUUUUACAAAUUUGUGUUAUUCAGAUUAUCGAGUAUUAUAGAAAAAUUUUUUUAAAACUAUAAUAAGUGUAUGUAUAUAUAUAUAAUUAUUCUAUUUAUAUAUAUUUGUAAUGUAACUGAUUCAUUAUUGAUUGAAGGAACUCACCGCUCUGUAUUUUGUCAUGUAACUCCGUUGGCGAAUGUGAAAGAUUACAUUGAUAUUUUGAAGACUGCAAAACAUAUAUGAUAUACAUCAACAGUAUCAUUACUAAUUGAUUUGUUGAUUGCUUUACAUGAAUGAGGCUGAAUAAACAUAUGCACGUGAGAAUUGAUGUUACGAUGACUGCUAAAAGAAUUAUCUUUGCCCUCUUUGUCACCUUUGUUCGAGUUUCUCGAACAAACAUUGUGAAACUUGGUCCCACAAUAUCCGGUUCGAACAGUCCGUACGAUGUGACUUCGGCCAGAAAAGUCUUCUUACUCCCUGAUUACGUUCCGUAUAACGGGGCGGAGUUGUUUGCAUUUUCCGUUCUGCUAUCAUCUCUAGAUGCCUUCUCGUUGUUAGUUCUCAGGCCCCAAUCUCUGUCAGUUAGUGAAGUUGGCAGUCCUGCGGCUAUAUGCAGUAAGGAAGUUUAUGACCAGGUCGGUCAGUAUCAAUUCUUUCCUAUGUCUUCUGCUGGAAAUCUCGAAAAUGUCUACUUAGAAAGUUUCCAACUAAAUCAGGGAUGUACGAAACUAAACAAAGGAGAUAGAUUCGGCUUAUUCUUCAGUAACGAUCGCACGUCCAUCGCCACCUAUUUAACGCCGUCCUCGUCAAACUUGACCAACAGCUGGUGCGGUAGCUUCAUCGAUCUAUCGAAGGAUAGUUACGAUUUUUCCGGUCGGAUUAGUUCGACGAUUGCUUUCGACAAACUGCCAAUACCUUACACUUUACAAAUAAACUUGUAUCUGAAUUAUGCUGACGACAGCAGCGCUGGAGCUGGUAGUAGUAGUCCGGGUUCGGUCGGUAAAUGCACUAACGGUCUACUAAUUCCACGCUCCCUGGCGAGUAACGUUACUGCAAAACCGACGGUUCCGCCAUUCUACAAAGGGGUUCAAGGGUCGAAAGGUCAGGCGGGGGUCAAGGGAGCCACAGGCUUCCAGGGCAUUCCAGGUCAGCAGGGUUCACAAGGUCAACCGGGAAAGAUCGGCCCAACCGGAUCAACGGGAGAGACGGGUCAAACUGGACCGAUGGGAAACACCGGAUGGAUCGGUAAUACCGGGGCUACAGGAUUUAUGGGGGCCACUGGAUCUCUGGGACCUACCGGGUUACAGGGACCUAUUGGCGUGUUAGGAGACACUGGAGAACCGGGAUUUCGCGGAAAAAAUUACACCAAGGAUUUGGGUAAAAAACACACGAACGAGAACAAGAACAACGACACUGGCCAGGUCUCCAUGUUGAUCUCAGAAUCAUUCUUUGAUAAGGAUAUCGCAAUAAUUGCCCUAUUUAUUUGGCUGCCGAUAAUUUCAUUUCUAUGCCUCCUAACACUCAUCAUAAUUAUUGUUCUUUGCGUCAAAAUUGCAAAAUUUUAACUAUUCUGUGUCAUUUUUAAUCUACUAUUUCUGGCCGUUCGUCACCGGCGACUCAUCUUCUGUAUCAUAUUAUUUUUAUUAUUGUAAUUGUUGUUAUUGAAAUUAUUAUUAUUGCUAUUAUUAUUAUUAUUAUUAUUAUUAUUAUUAUUAUUAUUAUUAUUAUUAUUAUAGCUGUGUAAAUCUGACCGAGCAAAUGCAUGUUUUCAAAAUAAGGAAGUUAACUUACAUAGAACGGUUCACUGUUAUUAUUAUUACUAUUGUUAAUUUUAUCAUUGUUAUUAUUAUUAUUGUUAUAUGAUAUUAUUAUUAUUAUUUAAUUUAUGCUCAUUGAAGAGAGAGGACAUUUGAACGACGAUGAUGUAUUCCAUUCAUUCCUCUCAAAAAGGAACAACUCACUCUUUUUUAAAUGUAAAAAGUAUUUGCUUUCUUUUUCA